AUGGCGAAUUUGCAGUCCAUUCCCUUUUGUUGGUUUAUCAUCUUCCUGGUGCUACUCCCCUUUGCAACCUCAGUUUCUUUCAACUUCACCAGUUUCCAGCCAAACACACAAGAGAUACACUAUGAAGGAGAUGCAUUUCCAGACGGCAAAGUGAUCCAAGUAACCAAGAAUCAACUGGACAGUAGCCUCACCCGAAGCGUGGGACGAGCCUCCUAUGCUGAUCCAAUUCGGCUUUGGGACUCCCGAUCAGGGAAGUUGACAGACUUCACUACUCACUUCUCCUUCGUCAUCAAGGCGGUUAACGAAGAACUGUAUGGCGAUGGACUUACCUUCUUCCUCGCUCCGGCUGGUGCUACAAUUCCGGCCAAUUCAACGGGGGGUUACCUUGGCCUGUUGACAAACUCUUCUUCCUUGAUCAGCCCUAAAGGAAAACCGAUUGUUGCUGUUGAGUUUGAUACCUAUAAAGAUAGCUGGGAUCCUAGUUCAGACCAUGUUGGCAUCAAUAUCAAUUCAAUUGAGUCGGUGACUAGUGUUACAUGGAAAAGUAGCAUCAAGAAUGGAUCUACGGCAAAUGCUUGGGUGAGUUACAAUUCCAGCACCAAAAAUUUUAGUGUAUUUCUAACUUACGCUGAUAAACCAGUUUUUAUGGGGAAUUCUAGCCUUUCCUACGUUGUAGAUCUGAGAGGCGUUUUGCCAGAAUGGGUAACUGUGGGUUUUUCGGCUGCCACAAGCCAGUGGAUUGAGAUACAUAACGUUAUCUCAUGGAACUUCACCUCAACCUUAGAGGGUGACGAGAAGAACCACAUAAAGUUGGUGAUUGGCCUGGUUGUGGGUAUUAGUGUUCUGAGUUGUGGGAUUGGCUUGUUUUGGUUCAUCAAGUGUCGAAAGAGAGUUAUUAAAGGAAGCAAAGACACCUUUGAUCUUGAUGUAGACGAUGAUGACCUUGGAACUGGACCAAGAAGAUUCACAUUUGAUGAACUAAGUCGAGCAACCGAUAAAUUUGCAGCCGAAGGAAAGCUUGGAGAAGGGGGAUUUGGAGGUGUUUACAGAGGUUUACUAAGUAAAACAAACACAGAGGUAGCUGUUAAGCGUGUCAAGAGCGGAUCAAAGCAAGGCAAAAAGGAGUAUCUAUCGGAAGUGAAGAUCAUCAGCCGGUUGAGGCACCGGAAUUUGGUUCAACUCAUCGGUUGGUGUCACGACCAGGGCGAGUUCCUCCUGGUGUACGAGUUUAUGCCAAAUGGGAGCCUCGAUUCCCACCUAUUUGGUGCCAAAGCAAAGCUACCAUGGACGGUGAGGUACAAAAUAGCCCUGGGCUUGGCUUCUGCAUUGCUCUAUCUUCACGAAGAGUGGGAACAAUGCGUUGUUCACCGAGACAUCAAGUCAAGUAACAUAAUGCUGGAUUCAAAUUACAAUGCCAAGCUCGGGGAUUUCGGUUUGGCUAGGCUUGUUGAUCAUGAACUGGGCUCACAAACAACUGUGUUGGCCGGCACAAUGGGGUACUUAGCGCCAGAAUGCGUCACCACAGGGAAAGCAAGUAAAGAAUCCGAUGUUUACAGCUUCGGUGUAGUGGGCCUUGAAAUCGCUUGUGGAAGGAAGCCAGUGGAACUAGGGGUCGAACCCCGUAAAGUGAGAUUAGUAGAAUGGGUUUGGGAUCUUUAUGGAGAUGGCCGAAUACUCGAAGCAGCCGAUGAGGGAUUGAAGAAGGAAUCCGAUGAGCGGCAACUGGAGAGAUUGAUGAUAGUCGGGUUAUGGUGUUGCCAUCCAGAUCAUACUUUCCGACCGUCUAUAAGACAAGUGAUUAGUGUUCUGAACUUUGAAGCUCCACUACCGGGCCUUCCAGCAAAGCUGCCGGUGCCGCUGUACUUUGCUCCUCCAAUGAAGAUGUGCAGGUUUUCGUAUACGUCGUCGGUUGGUUUGACAGAGUCGGAGAGAAAUAGGACUCAGAGUUCGAGUGGCAGUUGCACUAAUUCAUCGAUUUCAGCAGGUUCUUCUGAAGCUCUCCUGAAACUUCCAGGGGAUCAUGCAUAG